AUGGAAGCAGUAGUCGUCUCUAGCAUGGCUGAAGGGAUCGUUAAGAGAUUGGGCUCUGAAGCUGUGCGAGAAAUUUCAUUGCUUUGGGGUGUAAAUGAAGAGCUUGUAGGACUUGAAGAGACCAUUUCAACCAUCAAAGCUGUACUUGCUGAUGCAGAGAAGAAGCAGAUCCAUAAAGAUCAAGUCAAAACAUGGCUUAGUAGACUUGAAGAUGUUGUCUAUGAAGCUGAUGACUUAGUGGAUGUAAUUUCAACUGAAGCUUUGCGAUACCAAGUGAUGACCAAUAACACCAAGACAACCAAGCAGGUAUGCACCUUCUUCUCGACCUCGAAUCAACUUGUGUUUCGACACAAGAUGAGUCACAAAAUAGAGUCUCUUAAGAAGAAACUAGCUGUGAUUAGAGAUGAUAGACAAUUCCAUUUAGAGGAGCACUACGGAGAGGCUCAAGCAGUGUAUAAUAGAGCGGUGAGGGAUACUCACUCGUUUGUCUCUAAAGGAGAAGUAAUUAUUGGGAGGGAUAAUAAUAGAAUGAAAAUCCUUCAACUUUUGUUGGAUACAAAAUCUGACCAUGAGAACGUAUCAGUUGUUAAUAUAAUGGGUCAUGGUGGCCUAGGAAAAACCACACUUUCUCGACUUGUGUUCAAUGAUGAAAAAGUCGAAAAACAUUUUGAUCUCAAAAUGUGGGUGUGUCUCUCUGAUGCAGAUUUUGGUGUGAGAUUGCUUGUUGCAAAAAUUGUUAAAUCUAUAUCUAAUAAUGAGAAGGUUGAAAAUUGUGAGAUGGAGUUGUUGCAAAAGUCUCUUCGAGAAAAAAUUAGUGGAAAGCGAUAUCUCCUUGUUCUAGAUGAUUUGUGGAAUGAGAAUCGAGAAUUAUGGUUGAAGUUGAAAGAUUUAUUAUUAAAUGGCAUAGAUGGGAGCAGAAUAAUUGUAACUACCCGCAGUAUGGUGGUUGCAAGGAUUACAAAGACUACAUUAGAACCAUAUCUUUUAGGAAAUCUUGAUGAGGAUGAGUCUUGGUCCUUGUUUCAAAAAAUGGCAUUUAAGGAAGGACAAGAGCCAAACAACUCAAACAUCAUCCAAAUUGGAAAGGAGAUUGUCAAAAAAUGUAAAGGAAUUCCUCUUGCCAUAAGAACCAUAGGAAGGAUGCUGUACUCUAAAGAUUGA